AUGGUAGCACUUGCAGGAAGCCAGGAAAGACCUUUCUAUUAGAUCUUGGAAACUGAGAGCAUGCCUUGUACUGCCUGGCUAGGACAAGCUUCUGGAGAUUCCAUUUAUCCAGAGGCAGAAUGGACCCUCUUCCUUGCUGCUGGAAAAGUUGCCAGUUUCAACAAAGAGACUAAACUACCUAAGGAAACAAUGUUUCCUCUUACAAGGUACAAUCUUGGCUCCUCCCGCCAUGGGUUGGUGGGGGGAGGGGCUGUUCUUGGAAAUGUGCUCCAGAGGCUUUCUUAUUUAACCAGGAUACAAACUGCAUUGCUACAUAAUUCCCCCUGCUGAGGCCCUAUGAAAGGAAUGAGUUGGGACAGAUACAGCAAGAUAGUAGGAUAAAUUUCGCCCAUUCUUCUGGCCGUACUACACAGGAGUAAACUUGAUUUCAACAAGAUGACCCAAUUCUUAGCAUGCUUUUCUACCCACUUUGACCCAUAACGCUUCCAAGUCACUGUCUGAUUCACUAUGUGCAGAGAAACAAAAUGGAAAAAAAGACAAACUGGCCAGUAAAAAGUAAG